CUGCCCAGAUGGCUUUUUAAUAUCAUUCCUGUUUGCAGGAAAGAUAUUAUCAGCCCUUUCACCGAAUCCAUUUUCGGGAACCCUGACAAGGAGAGUCGUGAUGUUCCAUCGUCGUGUUACUCAUUUGUUCUUUGUUGCCUAUCACGACCGGCCUUACGGGCUUUCGCGCCACUUGAUCCUCAUUUUGCCAUCCUGCCCCGUUUCCCGCCCCCCCGCCGGCAUGACAACGGUAUUCCGUCUCCAGACCAGGAGACGGUUACACGCGGCUGUCUCAGCAAUCUGCUGCUCAACUCCAUGUACCGUCUCGACAUCCCUCAAGUGCGUCGGCAUGGCUACUGCGUGAACUCUCGCGACAACAUGCAGUAUUGGCUGCAGCAGGGCGAAACGGGCCAAAUCAACCUCGCGGAGUUAGUGAUGGGCGUCGAACAUGACUCAGCACACGACUCGAAGCGGUUCUGCUUCUGUAACGACUGGAAUGGCUGCAAUCCGGCCUCCCAAUUCCGCCGGCCCGCUUGGCCUCUCUACGCCCUGGCCAGUCUGGGCUUGAGCCUUGCCGGUCUUCUGCCUGCCUUCCUAUACCGGCAGAGGUGGUUUCCACAGAUGGAUUUCUUCGUUUAUCGGCUGCGUUCUUCCGCGAUUAUUUUCUUAAUACGCUGCCUCGUUGUUAUGGCGGCUAGAUUUUGUAAUUUUUCCCGAGCACUCGAUACGUACAGGUCUCCGAGCCGACCUCCUCCUGUUUGCCUUCUUCACCACUGCAAUAAAACCUGUAAACAUCUUUUGCCAAUCUGCCUGGCCCCUCCAUCGGGCUUAGGAAGACCCAGAGAACAAGCCUGCGUUUUAUCGCGAAGGCCACUUUUUGUUCACUCUCCAAAUGUUAUAAAUGCAUAG